AUGUCUGAGAUUACUUUUUAUAACGUCAAAUCUGGAGAUGAGGUGCAUACACCGGCUUUAAUCAUCCAUGGAACGAUCAAAUCUAAAGCUACAGCGAUUCAGGUUCACCACCCCCAAUUGCCGGCAUUGACGUUUCCAGUGAACAGCCAUGGGUUCAAGACGAUGGUAGCUUUGACGCCUGGGGAAAAUUCGCUCUGGUUUACCGGUGAUGACAAUACACGGGCGCAACUGACGUUGACAUAUGUGCCAUUAUUGCAGAAUCCUCCUAUUCAUUUGUGUUUGCUAGUUGGGAAGGACUCUCAAAUGACGUUUGAUUCGCCAGCGUCUCAGGUUCGCAAGGAGGGUGGGAAUGGGCUUGACUUGGCGGUCCGGAAGUUGAGGAUGGGGGCUAGGAUCAUGCAGGCAUUCACGAAUGAGCAGAUGGUGCGGAAUGGGUUUGGACAACGGACUUUCCGGUUUGUGGAGGAGUAUACGCGGGAUACGCUGUUGAACGACGAUGAAAUGAGGAAUACGGUGAAGAUCCAUAUUCUCAGGAGUGAGAAGACGGUUGCGGAGUUGCGGGAUGCGAAUAUUGCGCAGCAGAAUCCGAAUGCGAAGGAUGGCGGGGCGCUUUUCGGAAUAGCGAUGAGGGAGCUUGAGAGGUACGGGGCGCCAUUCAACGAUAACUCCAAGACGUCUCAAGCGGCUGUGAUGUUCUUGGACACUCACUGGGACAAGAAAUUGAACUUGAUUACGGCUCACGCGGCGCUUGGUGGUGGGACGGACAAGAUAAAGUUGGCUAUUUUUGGGUCGCACGGGUUGUACUCUUGGCCUACGUGUUUCCAAAACGUGGUGCCAUACUUGAUGGAUGAUACUAGGACCAGCAAGGCGGAAGUUGCAAAUGACUGCAAUGAGUGUAGCACGCACUGGGAGUGCCUGACUGUUACGUUGGGUGCGUUCAUGCACGAGAUUGGACAUUUGUUGGGGUGUCCACACCAGGAGAACGGUGUGAUGCUCAGGGACUACGUUACUAUGAAUCGUUCUUUCUUGACAAGAGAAGCGUUCAGUGUUAGGACAAACUCAUACGGUGCGCAACCGCCAAUCUUGCCCAAAAACGAGUGCAGUUGGAACAGGCUAGACAUUGUACGGUUCCUAUUCCACCCCAGCUUCAGUCUACCACAGGACUUCUACGACCCAGAAAUGCUCCGCCCCGGCCAGUUAGACCGCUGGAAGUACCAGAGACCCAGCGUGUUCCCAAUGGGGAACUCUACCGCCAGCAUUCGUGCUGAGUCAGGUAUAUACUGUAUCGAGAUUGUCUGUGGAGAUCUUGCUAGAGCUCACUUGGAGUACUUGCCAAAACAAUAUGGUGGUCCAGGUCCUCAAAAGGAGGUCGUCGUAAGUUUGGAUCAAUUACGCGCUUUAAUCCCACCAGCUCAAAAGCGAGAAUAUGCUGAUAAAUUUGCCAUUAAGGUACAUGCUAUCAAUGCAUCUACAGGCGAGUUUAACGAUUUCCCUAAAAUCAUAAGUACUCAGCCUGUCCCAAUGAAACAGUACGGAUUUGCUAGCAAUGUUGUUGGUAUCAAAUCAACUGCUCUAGGAAACCCUGCGCGUGGUCCAUCUACAGGUAUUAUUCCUUUGAAGAUCGAACUUUGCUACAUGGUUCGUGUUUAUUACGGUUCAGCAGUUGACGGAUUAAGAUUUUACACUAAAGAUGCAGCAGCUCCACCACCGCAACUCCCACCAAGGACAUAUCUAGGUAAAGUGUCAAACAUGCUCAAGGGAGUCAAAGAUGCAUUCCCAACUGGACCAUCUGUACUAUUUGGAAAUGAAAAUAGCACAUAUGCGGAUCUCAAAUUGGAGCCUGAUGAAGUAAUUGCCGGGUUUAAUUUAAGAAGUGGAGCCUGGGUAGAUGGAAUCCAAAUAGUAACAAGCAAGGGCCGUAUGUCUGAAAUGUUCGGAAAUAAAAAUGGUGGUUCCUUAGGUUCCUUAAUGCCCCCCGCAAACAAGAAAAUAUUAGGAGUUUUCGGUAAUGUAAGUCAUUGGGUAGAUGCCUUUGGUAUUGUGUAUGAAGCCUGA